CGCCGCCCAGGCUGCACAUCCUGCGUUCCGGUAACACCCGUUAAUCGACGCCAGCCUUCCUUCUCCACACGCUCUUGAAUCUGAACUGAAGCCUUUAGUUCUAGACGGAUCCCCAGAAUAUGAUUGUUAUUACACGCCUUAGCAGCUUCCUGACGACUUCCACUUUGAGACCGUCAGGUUUUCCGAAAGGCGACUCGAAUUUGCCCAACCAGUUACAUUUCCUUCGUGGACGCUCGCCGUACUUCAGAGCCACUGUCGCAAACGAAUGGACAGAAGCCUUUGCUUGGUCAGCUAUAGAACACUAUAUAUUGUCAUUUCUUGGAAACAGGCGCAAGCUUGAGAAGUGUCCUAUACUAGGUUCCUUACACGCCUUGGCUACGUGCUAUCAGCUGUUGCCUGUCUGCACACCACUUACGCGACGACACAUUCUGUGUUAGAUCGUGACUCCUUGAAGUCAAGCUAGCACAAAAGGGUUUCGAAUCAAGCCCUCACGGAGCAGUAUUCGCCUGCAAAGGGCCUAAUCCCUGACUGAAAAGCGGGGAACCAACAUUUCCCCACAAACCUCCUUGCCGAUCAUAACCUUAAUUUCGUUGCCGAAUCCCAAUUCGCCGCUCGAUAUUAAUAUGCUAACAACCUCUGAGGAGGGUCUACGAUCACUUCAUCGCUACCAUACAUUCCACAUUAGAUCAACGCCGCG